AUGGUUCCUGUUUAAACGUGUUUCGACGGCCACAUAGUAAAGACGGCGUGUGUACUUAGAACAUUUACGUACUUAAAUCUAACUUGCAUACAUAAUUAUAAUAUUAAUUAUUGAAAUGUUUAUUAUAAAUUGUGAGAGGGACCAUUCAUAUUGUCAGGUUGACGAUAGUGAUGUGAUUUUUGAUAAAGAUUGCCCCCCACAGAUAGGGGAAGAUAUAAUGUUUUUCUUUAAUAAUAAAAAAGAAAAUGGACGGGUUGUAAUGAUAUCAGAUUGUGAAAUAAAAAUUAAGAGGAUGUUAGACAUGUAUAAGAAAAAGCCACUGAAAAGAAAACUUCCAACACCACCGCCUGAAAAUAGCAAUGAAUUGGCUGCUUUAUCUACCAAGAGACAAAGAAAAAUUAAUUCUAAGUAUUCAUCAUCAUCUUUUGAAAAUCUGGACUUGACUAAACCAUUAAAAGAUCAUAAAAAUAAACAAAAGGGUUCAGGAAAUGAGAAUAAAAAAAAAAGUGACGAAACUAUGCAGCCAAUUAUCAAUGAAAAAGAGUUCGAAGAGAAGAGCGAAUCCGUUGCUCCUAAAAAAGUCGAACAUAGUCCUUCAAAGGACGAAUUGAAGAAAAUGCUUAUGGAAGCACAAGCAAAAAUUAAAUCAUCAAAACACUUGAACGCUACAACAUCAUCAAAAAUUUUGAAGACUCUUCCAAAAAAAAAGAGUGAUAGUUUUGGAAACAUUUCUUCAACCACAGAAAGUGACUUUGAUGAUAGCAGAGAAAAAGAUGAUUCUUUCGACUCGAAAAAUGCGGCCGAAACAAUUAAUAAUUCUGGAGACGAUGCAAAUAAAACUUAUGACGAUGAUGAUAAGAAAAAGGAGGAGUCUAAAAAUUCUGCAUCAAAGAACGCUAACAGCAACGAACACCAAUUAUUUGGCAAUCACGCUGAAACUGAUGUUAAUGAUCCCGAUCUCUACGGGAAAGAUUGGCCAGAAGAACCAAUGAUUAAAUUGAUAAGCCAAGUGUACUGCAAGAAAUCGUACUUUGAUUCGAUUAAAUCUCUAUGUAAUCAAGCUUCUCAUGUUGUGCGGCGUUUGAUUCCUGGAGUUUUUAAACCCUCAGGAUAUAUGAAUACCACAUUUUCCGGACAAGCUCCACGAGCUCAUAAGGGACAAGGAAAGCCAGCUCAAGUAAAGGCAUUAAAUGAUACAGCAAAAAAUGAGAUCAUUGAUUUUGCCUUAAAAAUAGCCGCCGAGAAAAAUUGGACUGGCCGAAACGGGAUUCCCCAAACUAGAGAAGACCUCAAGAAAGUUAUGUCACAAAGAAUUGGAGAGUUGAAAAGGGAGAUUGAAAUAAAUAAUAAAAAGCAAGCAUCGGUUUCGACAAACAAGAUUAAUUAAUACGUACUACAAUUAAGUAUAUACUCUUUACAGACUUGAAAGAUAUAUUUUGAUACCAAAUAUUAUGUUAUUAUUUAAAAAUAUUGAUUUAAUAAAAUAUAAUUUAAGAACGAGGGGCUGUGCCUAGAUAAUUAUUAAAAUAUAUUAUUCAUAAACGCGUCAAUAUAUUUAUAUAGAUAUAAAUAUAUACUUGUUAAAAGAUUGUAAAG